CAAAUCCCUGCCCUGUGAAUCACCGAAAUCUUCCUAAACUCCAUUCCUAGUAGUUAUUCACCAAUGUUCCGUUUUCUCCUCAACUCCAAUUCAACUCUUCUUCGCAUCUUCUCCUUCAGACCGCUCUCCUCCGCCACCGCCACCUCCACCGUAGAUUACCUCACAAAUACCCUGGGCUUUGCCCGCGAGUCUGCCGUCGCUGUCGCCGAGGAACUCAACAUCAAAACCACCACCAGGCCCGAUUUAGUUGUCCAACUUUUCAAAAGCUACGGUUUCACCCCAACUCACAUCGCCACCAUCGUCUCCAAGCACCCUUCUCUCCUCUUAGCCGACCCAGUUAAAACCCUCGCACCCAAGCUUCAAUUCUUUUCCAAUAAUGGGGUCUCUGGUUCUGCCCUCGUCCACAUUGUCUCCGCCGACCCUGUGAUACUCAGACGAAGCUUGCAGAACCAAAUCAUCCCCUGCAUUUCCUUCCUCAAAAAGGUCUUACCCACCGAUCACAAAAUCGCGUCUCUCCUCACUGCCAAGCGCGGCACUUGGGUCGUCCACAAGUUUUCUGAAAAAAUGGUGCCAAACAUCGAGACUCUGCGAAGCCAUGGCGUGCCGGAGUCGAAUAUUUUGCGGAUGCUGAUCUUGCGACCGCGGACACUGUCGUUCAAUACUGGUGCGUUUAAGGGCAUCCUUAAGAGGGUUAAGGAAAUGGGCUUUGAUGAAAACGGUUUGAUGUUCAUUCAUGGGGUGUGCACAUUAUGUGGAAUGAAGAAGGCAAAAUGGGAGUCAAAAGUGAGUGUCUUCAGGAGUUUUGGUUGGGGGGAGGAGGAGGUUAUAGCGUUAUUUGUGAAGCAGCCCAAGUUUAUGAACUCCUCAGAAGCAAGGAUCAAGAAAUCCUUGGAUUUUUUUAUGAAUGAGUUGCAUUGGAUGCCAGAGGAUAUUUCCAAGUACCCAAUUGUGCUGUUCCUUAGCUUUGAGAAGAGAGUGGUCCCCAGGUCUCGUGUCCUUCAGCUUCUGAUUGAAAAGGGUCUUGUGACUAGAAGGAGUAUGGGGAGGGCAUUGAUAAUCCCUGAAGAUCAAUUCUUGAAAGUUUUUAUGUCCAGUUAUGAAAAGAAGAUCCCAGAGCUGUGGGAGAUUUACCAAAGUAAUAAAGUGGGAUUGCCACAGUCAGCAGUUUCAGUUUGAGUGGGGCUUGCAGCUACAAUUUAAAAGUGUGAGAAGACUAUUGAAAGGAAGGUCAAUGUUGAGGAGGAGAAUUGAAGAAGCAACACGAACAUUCAGAGGAGAGCACCACCAGUAUUGUCACCCACCUCCACCUUGCUGGAAUUUAAAGUUGACCACCACCCCUUUCAUCAAUCAAGAUCCAAUAUUGUUGUUGGUUACCACCACUAAAGAAGAAGAAAUCUGGGCUUGAAAGGCAGCAACAAUACCACCAUUUGACAGAUAUAAAAGGGGGAGCAAUCCUCCCAUUUGGGCUUGUGAAGUGUUUUGAUGAGUAGGUUGUAAGGUUAAUACUUAUGUUUGGAGCUUAUUGUCACUUUUGAGUGCUUAUUUUUGGCUUUCUACUUACUUAACAUUCAAUAUGAUUAUAAUUUUUUUUUUUUGGUUGAAUAUUUUGGUGAUAUAUAUUACAAUAUCUAGAUAUAUUGUGGUUGCAGCUA